AAUGUCAGAAUAUUUUAGAAAAUACAUUAAAAAAGAAUAUUAUGGAAAUCAUUAGUAAUUUUUAUUAAUAAAUUAUUUAGUACUAAUAUCAAAUAUAAAACAUCAUUUAGAAAUUGUAUUUUAGAAGUAUGAUUGCAUGAAUAAUGAAAGGCAUUUAAGAGGAGAAAUUGGAAAGAAACUGAUGGUGACGAUUGGGAUAUUAUGUGGGCUGAGAAAGAAUGGAUUCAUGAAGUUAUGGAUCAUAUUCACUUAUAAUCUCAUUAAAAAAUUAAUCAUUUUCGUAAUCAUUAUGAGGUAAUUAUUUUUAAUAUUCAAUUAGUUAACUCGCAAAGAUCUCAUGAUAAAGAAUUUAAAGAAGUAAAAAAGAGCAUUAGAAAAAGAAGGAAAAAUUGAUGAAGCAAAUGCGUAAUUAAAGUAAUUUAACAAUUUUAGUUAUAAUUUCUUUCCACUUACCUAUCAUUUACCUAGUGAAUAUCCUAUCUUUAAUGAAGAAUUUAAAAAGUAAGGAGAAAAUAAAACUGCAUGGAUUAUGAAACCAGUAAAAAAUUUAUUUAAUUAUCUUUUAUAGAUAGGUAAAUCUUAAGGAAGAGGCAUAUUCUUAUUUAACAAAAUAUCAUAGAUUUCUUAAUGGAAGAAUCAAGUUAAGUUUAAUCCUGAAAAUCCCUCUGCAGAAUCAUACAUAGUUUAAAGAUAUAUUGCUGAUCCACUUUUAAUUGGAGGCAAAAAGUUUGAUACUAGAAUCUACUUAUUGUGUACAUCUUAUUCCCCUUUAACUUUAUAUUUAUAUCGUACAGGAUUUGCUCGUUUCACUCAUCAUAGAUAUAAUAAUGAUGAUAUCACAAAUGCUUGUAUACUUAUUGCAUGAAGAUUUAGAUGUACAUUUAACAAAUGUGGCCAUCCAAAAGAAUUCAGAAAAUUAUGAUGAAAAAUUAGGAGGUAAAUGGGAUUUAUAAAAAUUGAAACUAUUUUUAAUGACAAAGUAUGGAUAGGAUAAGGUUUAAGAAUGUUUUUAUAAUGUUCAAUAAUUAAUGAUUAAAUCUUUAUUAGCAGUUCAAAAAAUUAUUAUAAAUGAUAAACAUUGUUUUGAAUUAUAUGGAUUUGAUAUCUUAUUUGAUUCUCAAUUAAAGCCUUGGCUUUUGGAAGUGAAUGCAAGGUAUAAAACAAGUAAAUUAACAAAAGUCCUUCAAUGACAUCUAAUACACCAAUUGAUUUUGAAUUAAAAUGUGGAUUAUUAGAUGAUGUUUUUACAAUUAUUGAUCUUGAAAAAAUAUUAAAUGGAAAUGAGGAAUAAAUUGGAGGCUUUGAUUUAAUUUAUAAAGGAGGUCCUAUAAAAAAUAAUUAUAAUUGUUCUUCAAUAUCAUUUCUUGGUACUUUUAAUAAUAGAAAAAUAUAAUUGAAGAAAUUAGCAAAGACAUGUGGUAAAUAAUUAUGAAUAUUAAUCUUAAGCAUUAAAUAUGGCCCAUGGGAUUGAUAAGUAAUAAAUUCAAAGUUCUGAAGGAACUAAAAAGGAUAAGGAAGAAAAAGAGAAGUAAAUGAGAAGUUCAUCAAAGAGUUCAUAAAUUACAUAAGUAGUAUUUUUGAAUUGAUAAAAGAACUAAAAUAAUAUAAAUAAUGGAGUAAUCAAUAUUAAAAGAAAUUCUACAGAUUUACCUAUUUUAAUGAAUAAAUAAAAUGCAAUAAGGAAAUUGGCUUUACAAAAUAGUCAACAAAAAUAGAAAAUAUAAAUAUAACAAUAAAAAGGGGAAUACUAAAUUUCAAAUUAAAAUAAAGUGUAUGAGAAUUAGUUAUUAAUUUAGAAUAUCUUAAUUAAAUAAUUCUUCAUUCAGUCCAAAUGUUAAAAUAGAGAUUAAUUCAAAUCAGUAGAAUAAUAAUAUACCUAAGGAUAGUUUUAGAACUUUACCAAAAAUAGUAAAAGAUGAAUCUUAUAUUUCAGAUGUUUGA